UGGUGAACGCGCUGAAGUUGCGGCUCCAUGUCACACACGCGUAAAGACAAAGUGGAUGGCACACGGGCGCACGAGUGUCACCACAGCCGGGGAAACUACCGGAGCUGAGCCAAGGAAGAGAGAGGAAGAAGAAGAAGAAGAAAGGAGGAGGAGGAGGAUGAAGAUGAAAGCAGCGGGACGCUGUGGUAGUAUCCCACCAACACCAACACCACCACCGGCUCCGACAUCCAGGCGCUAGGAGGAGGAGGAGGGGACGCACCGGCACUGGGGCUGUCGGGCUUCGAGCCGCGGCGCGUUGAAUUAGGGGGAAAAACACAAAAGUUCAGUGACCGACUACAAUGGUUAUAAAUGGGUCCCACCUGAACAGCUCCUCGCCAGACCCGCUGCUCAGCCGCCCGCCCUGGGUCACCACAACUUUGGGCUGCUUCCUCAUCUUCACCAUCGUGGUGGACAUCCUGGGGAACCUGUUGGUCAUCUUCUCCGUGUACCGGAACAAGAAGCUCAGGAACGCAGGGAACAUCUUUGUGGUGAGCCUGGCAGUGGCAGACCUUGUGGUGGCCAUCUACCCGUACCCUCUGGUCCUCACCUCCAUCUUCCACAAUGGCUGGAACCUGGGUUACACGCACUGCCAGAUCAGCGGCUUCCUCAUGGGCAUCAGUGUCAUUGGUUCCAUCUUCAACAUCACCGGCAUCGCCAUUAACCGCUACUGCUACAUCUGCCACAGCCUCAAAUACGAUAAACUGUACAGUGACAAAAACUCUGUGUGCUAUGUGAUGCUCAUCUGGGCUCUGACUGUUGUGGCCAUCGUGCCCAACCUGUUUGUGGGUUCACUCCAGUACGACCCGCGGGUUUACUCCUGCACCUUUGAACAGUCGGCCAGCUCGGCGUACACCAUCGCAGUGGUUUUCUUUCACUUUAUUUUACCCAUAAUGAUUGUCACCUACUGCUACCUGCGCAUCUGGAUUCUGGUUAUACAGGUGAGGAGACGGGUCAAACCAGAUAACCGGCCCAAGCUAACGCAGCAUGACGUCAGGAACUUUGUGACCAUGUUCGUGGUGUUUGUGCUCUUCGCCGUUUGCUGGGCACCACUCAAUUUCAUCGGCCUGGCUGUAGCAAUCAAACCGCAGGUAGUGAUUCCCCUCAUCCCUGAGUGGUUGUUCGUGGCCAGCUACUUCAUGGCCUACUUCAACAGCUGCCUUAACGCCAUCGUGUACGGCGUGCUGAACCAGAACUUCCGGCGCGAGUACAAGCGCAUUGUAGUCUCAGUGUGUACGGCUCGCAUCUUCUUCCAGGACAGCUCCAACGACGCAGGAGAGCGGCUCAAAAGCAAACCGUCACCACUCAUGACGAACAAUAACCAGGUCAAGGUGGACUCCGUCUGAGGACACGAACACAUGUGACUUUAAAAGAACAUAUUAAAAAAAAACAUGAGCAAGAAAAAUACCAAAUAUACAUUUAAAACAGUGUCUAUCCUCUGGGCUGUUCACAGACA